GAAUCUAAUCCGCCACUCCUUAAUCACUGGCACAUGGAAAUUGCAGGAAAGUGCUGCAGUCAUUGCUAAGCUCUUGAUCCCACGUGUGUUCGAGAGAAUGACAAUGCAAGAGACGCGGCUUCUCGUCAGCACAGGAUCUACUAUGAACUUGUACACCAAGGGCGAAGACAUCAUACUCGAGCAUAAUUACAUCGGCAUCAUACUAGAAGGAACUUUGAAGGCGGAGAACCAAAAUAACAUCGUACCUCCAGGAGUGCUGCUGCCAUCAAGCAUGGACCUGGAGUUACUUGGUCUGCAGUCUUCAGAAAUGAACAACAUGGACAGUUGCUCCGCAGCAAACAGCUUUCAGGUGGAAGCACAAGCAGCUAGAGUUAUCAUCUUCGAAGUAGCUGUUCACGGAGGCCAAUGGGCAGAGGAACCAGCCGGGUGGUAGCUUCUCUGCUGAAGCCUUGCAGCCCAGCAUGGAAGAAUCCACUGGAGAAGAACAAGUCAUCAUUACCGUCGACUCUACGAACAAGCUGCCCUUGGGUGAUUCAUCAUCUGGCGUGACGCGAGGCAGCUGAUGGGAUCUUGUGCGAAUAUAGUAGCGUGCUUGAUGUAGCAAUCAUGAAAUUGAUCUUGCUUCUUGAGAAACACUUGGCUUAUUACUUGCUGUUAUAACUAAAGACCAUUUGGCGCAUAUGGCAGCUACGUAAUGAUAUUACUCAUGGAAAGGGUGAGACCCCGGUUCAA